AUGGCUUAUCCCGAUGCUGACAUGGACAUGGUUUCGAAGCUUUUGAAGGAUGUGCACCAGAAUGUGGAGUCAUUCUCCUCCGGGAAUUCGAAGGCACGGGAAGCCGCAAUUGAGGCCUGUCGGUCACUCGCCUCGAGCCUCGAGACUCCUAGUGAGGCGGUCGUGAGGCUGACAUGGGUCGAGCCCAGCCAUCUGGCAGCCCUACGUAUGGCUGUCGACAUGCGGCUCUUUGAUCACCUUGUGGCGGAACAAAGCUCUCCAAAGAGUAGCGCCCAGCUUGCAGCAGCGUGCUCAGCGGAGCCAUGGCUGGUUGGACGGACAAUGAAACUUCUUGCUGCAAUGGGCUCGGUUCGCGAAAUCGACGCAGAUUGCUAUGUGACAAAUCCAUUUGCUCAAGCCAUGACACAACAGCUGUUCAAAGACAGUCUCGCCUUGUGGGCAAGCAGGCAUGAUGUGUGCAUACCCAUGAACUUGAAGACCGCCGAGUUUUUCAGGCAGCAUGGCUACACAAGCCCGACAAACGGUCUCGAUACACCAGCUCAACAUGCGUACGGCGUCAAGGGAAAGACACAUAUGAUAGAUCUGCUCAUUCAACAUGGUCCAGAGCAAGGGCUUGCCAGCAUGAUGGCGACUUGGAUGCUCGAUCGGCCGCAUUGGUCUGAUGACAAUCUUGGGUUCUAUCCCGUCAAGGAGAGACUAAUAGAAGGUGCUGCUGGCGGCGAUGAGGCAGUAUUUCUUGUCGACGUUGGAGGCAGCAAAGGGCACGAUCUGACAAAGUUCCUCGCGAGGCAUCCCUUCGACAGCUUCCCGGGCCGCCUGGUCUUGCAGGAUCGUGCAGAGGUCAUUGACUCAAUACCUCAGGGUAGCUUGGGACCUGGUAUACACUCCAUGGCCCAUGACUUCAACACCCCACAGCCGGUACAAGGCGAGGUAUACUUCCUCCACAGCAUCAUCCAUGAUUACCCAGACGACCGGUCGCGACUAAUACUGAGACAGCUUGCUGCAGCCAUGAAGAAGGACUACUCAAAGCUUCUUAUAUGGGAUUUCGUGCUCCCAGAUAAGGCUGCUGGUUCGACGUUGAUCGCUCUUGAUUGGGAAAUGAUGUCGUUCUACGCGGCUGGCGAGAGAUCGGAGAGUCAAUGGAAAGCAUUACUCGAGAAUGCUGGCUUGAAGGUCAACGGUGUCUGGACUUACAGUCAUUUUGAUCAAGCAGUAAUUGAAGCUGAACUGGCCUGA